GCUAUAUAUGUGUCGUUUCUCAAGUCUUGCUAAAGAGUGAUUAUCCACAUAAAUUACCAAAAUACUUCCACCAGUGCCCCUACUAUGAAGUUAUUGACCACCCUCUUCCUCCUUGGUUCAUCAAAUGCACAUCGGUGGCAGGCUUCUGAUUCCUGUGGCUAUAUAGUUGGUGGCUCUCAUAAUCAUGUCGCAAGAGCUGUACGAGAAUUAGAUUGCUCUAAUUACAUGCGAACUACUGUUACUCCGUCAUAUAUAGCUUCUGGAUUGGUCACAAUCACUACAGUUGUUCUCAACGAAAUCACAUACACGGAAGCUAGCACAAAUAUAGUGUACGUGACCGCCAGAGACCUGAAACCAAGGGAUGCGUUUAUAGUCACUGUUACUGGAGACGCCGUUACACUCACAACCACGCUGGAAGCAAUCACAAGCACGACUACGGAAACCAUCCCGCCAUAUGCGACAAGUGCUUGCCCGAAUCAUAAUGCAUAUGUUGAAGCAUGCCGAAAUCACUUGAGCGUGGUGGUAGCUACUGUCACCAUCACAGCUUCUACUUCGUAUAUAACUGAGCAUGCUACUGUGAAUUUGCCAGGAACCUCGUUUGAAGGUUCGACCUCUAUCCCCGCUUCGAACAUUGUGGAAACUAUCAGUGUGAUUCCUUCCACUGAUGUUCAAGGAACAACGUCUAGCACUAGCUUGAGCUCAAGUGUAGGAGUUGACCCAACUUCUGCGAAUGUUAUUGCACCAUCCCUUUCAUCCAGUAGCUCGUCGUUCGAAUUACUUUCUUCCGUUCAAUCAGCCGGAACUUCAAUCAACUUAUCGUCGAGUCCGUCGGCUACUACCAAUGCAAACACUGAUGCGUCGACAUCUAGUACUAUAAUUGCUCCCAGUAAUUUUUCAUCCAGUCCUACAUCUAGUGUUGGCAGUCUAUCAUCGGGAUCUUCUUCGCAAGUGACAGUCACCCUGAACUUACUCUCUACUACAUUUGCUCCAGACUCGUCUUUAUCCCAGAGUACAUCAACGAUUUCUCUAUCAAAAUCUUUUACUUCAAGCACAGAAAGCUUCUUUGUAUCUUCAUUCAUAUUGCCAUCAACAUUUUCGACUAUUUCAUCUUCAAACUUUUUAGUUUCCAGUGUGCAUGAACCUUAUACUACACCUUUAUCAUCAACUACCACAGCCUCUUCCAAUUUAAUCUCGGGAACGAUCUCGACCUCCCUAUUCUUACCCUCAUUGACUUCCACCACUUUAUCUACCAUUUCCUCUUCGACUAUCUCGUCCAGUUCGGUACCAGUACUAUCAUCAUCUUCAACAACCUCUUUGACAUCCCUUUCAUCCACAUUCUCCACGAUUACAUCUCAAUAUGUUACAAACAGCUCUCUUACCUCUACUUCCCUCCCCAUCUCAUCCACAUCUCCCAUCCCUCGACCCCCUGUCUCACCUCUUAUCGCUACAUGUAACGUCCCGUCCGCCUGCCGCCAAAAUCAAUAUUGUUCUUCAGACAACACUUGCUUAUGUCAACCAACCGUAAGCGGCACAGGCUACUGCAUGGCCGAUACCCCCUGCGCUGCCCUCUCCUCCUGCACUAUUGAUUCUGAUUGCGGCAUCGGUUCCGCUUGCAUGAUAACUUGCUGUUCUACUAAUAAAUGUCUUUCGCUGCAAGCUUUGUGUCAGAAUCCUAAUACGGCAAUUGUCAUUUUUAGGAGAGAUGAGGAGGGGAGUAGUGGUCAUAGGAUGGUUGGAAAAGUAGGAGACGAGGAGGGAGAGGGAGAGUGGACUAAUAGGGGACCAUGGGUUAAGAGACUAGGAAAAAUGUGAGAUGAAAGUUGGUUGCUAUUUCUGAGUAGGAAAGUAGUGAAGAAGAUUUGAUAUUGGAGUUCGUUUGGCGUUUUGGAUUUUAAAAGUAAUACUGUCGCUACCACAUCA